CUACAUCAGCAACAGCAGCAACAUCUAACCUAAAUUAGAGCAAAAACAUUUGACUUGUUUACUUAGUUAGUGUUUAGUGCUAAGCUUAAGUGUCUCUGUGUGUGUGUGUGUCUUUUUGAGUGUGUGUACCACACACAUUGUAACAAGUGCUUGUAGUGGGAUCUUGUUUUUCCUACAAAAUGCAACUGCCAGCGCCUGCAACUGGACAUAGCAUGCUUAUGGGCCUGCUCUUAUUGCUUGUUGGCCUGGCCGCAGCCGUGCCAGCAUCUGUUUUGGCCCAAAACACUGAGUUGUCCACCAAUGCGAACAACAAGCAGCAGCAGCAACAACAACAGUUUCAGCAAAGGGAAUUGCCGGCAGUAAGCAGAAUUACGAAUAAGAGUAAAACGUUCGGAGGAUUCAGCAAGGUGCCAACAGCAGAUAAAAAGUCAAGUCCGGAAAUUGUGCCAGCUUCUUUUAGUAAUUCACCACCCGCCAGGAGCAUCCCGAAUGAGCAACCACAACCACAACAACAACAACAACCACAAGCUGGUCUCUAUGCCUUGCCCAGUAAUGAUGAGAUCCUGGCUGCCGUCGCUGCUGCCGCUUCCAGCAGCCAACAACAAUUGCAGAGUGAUCCUACAGCUUUGGAGGAGGCAGUGGCCAGUUCCACAAUGCGCAAGCGUGGGAUCAACUAUGAGUAUAAUCCUUAUAUGACUGUGACUGGCAAUGAUUUUGGUAGCGAUGUUCCGAGCGGUAUUUGGGCAGAUGAUUAUGAGCCCACUGCCCCUGUUAACUACAAUUACAACAAUGAGCGAGAAGUGCAGGAUACAGAUGAAUAUGUGCCAGAGCGACAUGUGAACAGUGCCACAGGCAGUCGCAAUAAAGCCUAUGACAAUCUGCAGAAUUUGCUCAAUGCCGAGGCCUAUUUGGAGAGCAUACCCCUCUCGGUGCCCCUAAACUAUGCCAAUCGCAAUUACAAUCUGGAUGAGCGAAACAAACGUGGCAUUUACUACAACUUGGCCAACAAUGGUGCCUACAGCGCUCCGGCCGAGAAUACGAAUCUAAACAAGUAUCGACGUUUCGGCGAUAUGCGCCUUAAACGCGACACCACUAAACUGACUCCAGCUGAUAUGUUAGCACUUGUUGCUCUGGUCGAAGCCGGAGAGCGUGCUCGCCAGGAAACCGAUGUGGAUGCCGGAGUCUCCUUGCCUUUGGUCGAUACUGAGGAUGUGAGCUAUGUGCAUGCAGGCAGCUGGUUGGAUGCACCGACACCACAACAACAGACACCGUCAUUGGUUGACUACUAUGGCAUUCCAGUCGAAGCGCAGGUGGUGCCCAAGUACGAAUAUGUGCCACGCCCACAGAAAUACAUAGGCCGCAAUAGCCGAUUCGGCUCCUCUAAGCGUUUCAUGGUCGCCAAGAAGAAGCGUUCCGUGAACCAGAGCCAGUUCAUAAACGAACCAGUUGGUGAACGAGGACCCAACUAUUAUGGAGAAAAGUUUUUUUAAAAAUCAAGCGAUUUAGUUAAUGGAAGAAGUCGAUAGCAGGAGCGAGAGAGGAGAGAGAAUAUAAAAGCUUUCAAGCUGAGCUUUCCACUUUUAUUGAUAACCACAUCAUAUAACAAAAUUUGAAACCCCAAUCAUUUACCUUUGCUCUACUUUGCAGAAGUUCGAAAUUAUAAAAAUAAAACCAAAAAAAAUUACUUUAAACAAAGUGAAAAUAUCAAUUUAAUGAGAAAGUGUCAACGUCAUGUGCAAUUUUCGUGUAGAAUUUGAAUUUUGAAACAAAAUACAUAUAAAUUAACGCGGUAUUGUAAUAUCUAAGCAUAUAAAUAUACGAAUAUGAAUUAUUGUAUGUCAAGAACAUAAUCAGAAUCAAUGUUUUUAAAAAACUUACAACAGGGUUGACAAAUUUUGUCUAAUGCGAACUUACCUAAAUAUGCCUAACCUAACCUAACCUAUUUUAAAGUAAACCUAACCUCACUUAAUCAAUGUUAAUGUCUAUGGAAAGGUCUGCAACUCCAAUUGUAAAAUUUAACUAAAGAGAAAAACAAAACCUUCAACACUAUCAAUUGUGUAAUAUUUAAACUAGAGGCUUCCCAAGUAGUACAAAACGAAUGAUGAAAAUAAUAAAAAGACAAAGAUGUGAAAAAGAA